AUGUCUUUUCCUGUUAACGCAAGUACAUUGACGGAGACGCAAUCAAACGGAGAGCUCAGUUCCACGUACGCGCUAGAACAACAAAUCGUAUACUCGCUAGUGGAUAUCAGUAUCGCGUACCGACCGCACAGCGAUCAGGUAUCGGGCGCGGUGCGUGGUGGUUGUUAUGUAUGUACACGGUGUCAGUGUGGUAGUGGCGGUGUGGUGGUGGUGAUAUCGCGGUGCGUGGUGGCGCGACCAGCGAGUGAUGCUCGUCGCGGUGAUGCGGAGGGAUGGUGGACGCGGCUGCGGAGCGCCGGGUGGCCGCCGCCGAUCGCCUCAGUGCCACUGCCAGCUUCACGAAGC